CUCUUUCAUCCAUCGUCAGACGACAGCUAUUCACUUGAGAUCCACAUGUCUCAAGCAUUAACACUAAGUUUUUGAAUUUGAUUUUGAGUCUCGUUUAUUAUGUCGACUUCCUUGUUGAAGAAAAGUUUACGACUGUUCGAGGACGACGAAAAGCGAGACAACUCUGUGAAAAAGAAAUCGUCGCAAAGAAAAGUUGAACGUGUUAUCCACAAAUCGCCUACCGCUAUUAAGAAGCAAGCGACUCUAAAAGACAGGAAAGUUAAAUCAGCAAUUGAAGUAUUUGUCAAGAAACAUCCCAAGCAAGAUAGAACGCUUGAGAACUUGGCCUUGCUUGAAAAGCUAUCACAGAAGAAGACCAUCACCGAGGAGUCAGCCAACAAGAUAUUCUCGUAUCAACUGAAAAAGCAACACAAAGCUAUCGAAAAGACACCUAAAAAGAAAGAAAAUUCUACUGUUUUUACUGAAGAAGACUUUCUUAAGUUUGAACAAGAAUAUUUUGUGAAGGCUUAAAACCAAAAUAUGAACUGAUGGCAGUUGGGAAUGACAUUGUGACUGGAAAAAUAUUACUAUUUCUGUGCAUCAUUUUUUCAAUCUAUUAUACUUUCUGGACCAUUUGUCUCCCACUGUUGGAACCUAACUUUUUUGCUCAUCAAUACUUUCCUGAUAACUUGUAUGCCAUUGGUGUUCCCUUAUCUAUACUAAGUGUGAUGGUGACUGUAUUAUCUGUGUAUGCUCUGUGGCUUAUGAAGUUUCAGUGAUUUUUGUCCUCAUGAUUUCACUACAAUGCCUUAACAGAGUUGGGAGGAGAAUGUUGACGGUUGGCAUAUCAGGCGUAACGUGUGGGGGUAAAUCAUCGAUCGCCGAUUUAUUAAAAUCAACGUUCCCGAGAGCAAAACUUGUUUGUCAAGAUGAUUUUUAUUUUUCCUCUGGCGACUCAAAGUCUCAAGAACUGGAUGGUGUCGGUCAUCCCAAUUGGGAUUCUCUUGACAGCAUCGAUAUGAUUUCAAUGACGCGUAAAGUUCAAGAGAUUAUCGACGAUGUCUCAAACGAAAAGCUGCCAACACAAAACCUUCUGAUUAUUGAUGGCUUUCUAAUCUUCAACUACCCGCCACUUGCACAACUAUGCGACUUAAAAUACUUUGUGACACUCCCUUUCGAGGAGUGCCUUGCUCGCCGUCGCAAAAGGACCUCCUACCACAUACCAGAGCAACCAUCGUAUGUUUCGGAUGUAGCAUGGCCUAUGUAUCUUCUUCACUUAAAAGAGAUGCAAAAGUUAUCUUUCGCCAACGAAAUCCAAUAUCUCGAUGGCACCGUCAAUUUACAUGAAAACUUUAACCGCAUCCUUAAAGAUAUUGAAACCUAUUUUGAUGGCGUAUGAAAAGUUGUUGCUGUAACGGCGUUCGUAAACAUGUCAUUGAGAAGACGAGUUUACGGGAAACAACUUUGGGUUCCUCCUAGGCCAAACUCCCAACACCGGAAGCGGCAUCAACGAAAAGCAGACACCCUGAGACCCAAACAGCAAACAACCAACGCUACGCAGCUAAGAAUUGUUUAAAAAGUGAAAUUGAUAUAUACUUACUACCAAUGACGAGUAUUCAUGGACAAGCAAAUAGAAUUAUUUCUAGCUCUCGCUUUCGCAGUGCAACGCUCGACGAACUAUUUGGUAAACCAGCUGUUGAAAGGAUAGCAAACAGUGGACUCAAAGGAA